GAAUUGGCACAGGGAGGAGAGAGACAGGCACACAGGGUAGAGAGAGAAAGAGGGAGGCCCAUUACCAAUGCCAAGAACAAGAAAUCAGAGAGGACAGUCGCGAAUCCAAUCCGAAUCCCCUCCAAAAACCCACCAAACAUCCUCCCCUAUCUGCAAGAACAAGAACAAGAACAAGAGAGCAUCCUAGGAAAAAAAGAAGACCAGGAAGACCAAGAAAAAAAGUCUUGAGAAGUUUCGAGAAGAGUGGUGGGAAGGUACUUCAGCUCGGAGAAGGAAGGAGAUGGAUCCGGCCUUGCUGGAUGACAUCAUACGGCGGCUGCUGGAGGUAAAGAAUCUGAAGCCGGGGAAGAACGCGCAGCUGUCAGAGUCGGAGAUUAAGCAGCUCUGCGCUGCCGCCAAGGAGAUCUUCCUGCAGCAGCCUAACCUUCUGGAGCUCGAGGCCCCCAUCAAAAUCUGUGGUGAUGUCCAUGGCCAGUAUUCUGAUCUACUGAGGCUAUUUGAUUAUGGUGGCUACCCACCUCAGGCCAACUACCUUUUCUUGGGUGAUUAUGUGGACCGCGGAAAGCAAAGCCUGGAAACAAUAUGUCUUCUUUUGGCUUACAAGGUCAAGUACCCAGAGAACUUUUUCCUUCUAAGGGGCAACCAUGAAUGCGCGUCUGUAAAUCGCAUCUAUGGUUUUUAUGAUGAGUGCAAGCGCAGAUUCAGUGUGAAACUCUGGAAAACAUUCACAGACUGUUUUAACUGCUUGCCAGUGUCAGCACUGAUAGAUGAGAAGAUACUUUGUAUGCAUGGUGGUCUUUCCCCCGAGUUGAACAAGCUGGAUCAAAUACUCAAUCUGAAUCGUCCCACGGAUGUGCCUGAUACUGGAUUGCUCUGUGAUCUUCUUUGGUCUGAUCCUUCCAAUGAAGCACAAGGCUGGGCCAUGAAUGAUCGAGGUGUUUCAUAUACAUUUGGGCCUGAUAAAGUCGCUGAAUUCCUUGAGAAGCAUGAUUUGGACCUCAUCUGCAGAGCCCAUCAGGUUGUCGAAGAUGGAUAUGAGUUUUUCGCUAACCGCCAACUUGUAACAAUAUUCUCGGCCCCUAACUACUGUGGAGAAUUCGAUAAUGCUGGUGCCAUGAUGAGUGUAGAUGAGACAUUGAUGUGCUCCUUCCAAAUACUGAAGCCUGCAAGGAAGAUGUUGGCUUGUUCAACCAAUAACAAAUCUGGCUUCAAGUCAUUAAGAGGAUGGUGACAAUGGUCCAAUGGUGAGCAAGCUGCGAUGAACAGGGGCGGAUCUUACAGCGGCUGCAAUUGACAGGCAUUUUCACCGAAACCUCAGGGCCUGAAAGAGCAUAGCAGAUGUGUACAACUCUCCUCGCAAAGGAACUGUACAUCUUCCAUGUUGGAUUAACACUCUUGUAAUGUAUUAUUGGCUUUUACCUUGCGGAUCUCCUAUGAUAUGAGAGGAUGUGAAUGAAGACUGUUGUUUCCUUUGCGUCCUAAAUUGGAAAGAUUCAGGCAGGCAUACGCCGAUAA